AUGCUAAUUGAUUCAGGUAGCCAGGGCUCAUCUAUUUGGGAGCACUGUGUAAAUUUACUGCAGCUAAAGCGCACUAGUGCAAACAUAAGUGUAAAUGACCUGAGCUCGCAAAACAUUGGAAAGGUUUCAGGUUCAGUUCAAUUACAAGUAACGUCUCCAUUUUAUAAAAACGCAAGCAUUUCGGUUAAUGCAUUAAUUGUACCCAAGAUCACGUGUGACCAUCCUCAAUAUCAAGUUGAUAGAUCUGUUUUGACAUCUUUCAAACAUUUGUGGUUGGCAGAUACAAAUUGUUUCCAGCCUGGCCCAAUAGAUAUUCUUUUAGGCGCAGAUGUAUUUGGCGAGAUAAUGCUUCAUGGACGUUUAACUGUUCCGGGUCAUUCGUUAACAGCCUUGGAAUCAGUAUUCGGCUGGGUCAUUAUCGGAAAGACUAAAAGUGUACCACAAACAAUUGUAUCUAAUCAUGCUAGUUGUACCAAUUUCCAGCUCCAGCUUGAAAAAUUUUGGAAAUUGGAAGAAAUUUCAGAGAUAAAGCAUUACACAGAAGAGGAGAUUGAGUGUGAAAAUCAUUUCAAGCGGAAUUUUUCUCGUGAUUCAACAAGUAGAUUUGUUGUUAAGUUUCCAUUUCGUAGAUCGGGAAAUGAACUUGGGUCAUCAAGGAAUGUUGCUGUACAUCGUUUACAAAGCAUUGAGCGUCAAUAUAAUAAGAAUAAAUCUCUUUCCAGUCAAUAUCACAAAUUUAUGAAGAACUAUCAACAACUUGGUCAUAUGGAAUUGAUUCCUGAAAAUGAAAUUGAUGUUCCAGCUAAUUCUAGUUUCUACCUUCCACACCAUUCAGUUCCGGAUAAAAAUGGUGAUAAAUUUCGAGUCGUAUUUGAUGGUUCUGCAAAAUCUUCUAGCGGUAUUUCUCUUAAUGAGAAAUUGAUGGUUGGUCCACAGUUGCAGACUGAUCUGACAACAUUAAUUAUUCACAGAAUAGAAUCAGAAUUCGCAGAAUAG